CAGGUGGCAUGAACAAUAAGGCAAUUGUUGAUGAUUGGAGAAUUAGGCUGCUGUUACCUUUGUUUUGGGUUUUUGACACCUUAUUGAAGCAAAGGGCAAUUGCUUCUUUCAUCUUUGAGCGUGUCACCCAAAGAGAUAAUAUGAGGAACAUCUUACUGUCUGUUUAUGGAAAUUAGGAAUCUGUGGAUGAAGACCUGAUAGAGGGGACAUAUGAACGAGUAAUGCCUAAAAACGUGAAGGGGAUUAUACACAAAGGGCGGAGUUAUGCAGCGUCGGUAGAACUGCCUGCUCUUCUCAAUUUGAGGCACUCAUCUUCCUCAAUAGACGAUGACUCGUAUAACUUGGGCGGCCGCAGGGAGGAUCCUAAUCAAGCAGGCUAUAAGUGGCGCAUGGUUAUAGCCUAUGACGGCACUCGAUUUUCAGGUUGGCAAUAUCAGCCGCCUCCGCCAACCAUACAAAGCAUUGUGGAGAAAGCUUUAACUGAAAUAACAAAACAAGAACGGAGGGAUCUCCAUUUGGUUGGAGCAAGUAGAACCGAUACUGGAGUCCAUGCGUGGGGUCAGGUGGCACACUUUGUUACUCCUUUCAACUAUGACAGAUUGGAUAGCAUUCAUGCAGCCCUAAAUGGUCUUCUUCCUUCAGAUAUCCGAAUCAGAGAGAUUAGCCCUGCAGCGCCUGAAUUUCAUGCUCGAUUUUCAGCAAAGAGCAAGAUUUAUCACUACAAAAUAUACAACAGCAGUAUCAUGGACCCAUUUCAGCGUCACUAUGCUUACCAUAACGUUUAUAAACUAAAUAGUGAUGUCAUGAGGGAAGCUGCAAAACAUUUCAUUGGGAAGCAUGACUUUUCUUCUUUUGUCAAUGCAUCACACAAUGAUCGAUCACCAGAUCCAGUGAAGAAGAUAUUCCGCUUUGAUAUAACUGAAAUGGGACCUCUUUUGCAGCUUGAAGUCGAAGGCUCUGGCUUCUUAUAUAGACAAGUGCAAAACAUGGUUGCUUUAUUGCUGCAAAUCGGAAGGGAAGCAAUUCCACCUGACAUCGUUCCCAAAAUUUUGGCAACUCGAAAUCGCAAGGAGCUUGCAAAGGUUGCUUUACCUGCUCCACCGCAUGGCCUGUGUCUUGUAAGUGUCAGUUACAAUGAAGAACACUUGCGGCUUCCGGCAGGUUGCUCUUCAAUUAGUUUUGGUAGGCAUCAUAGCAUAAGCAAAUGCAAGCUACCAUUUUUCUAAGAUAUUCUUAUGUAUGGCAGUAGGGGAAUGCUAGAAGCACAUGUUUUAAAUUCUCCGGGAAUUCUAUCAGAUGGUCAAUUGGAACU